GUGCAUCGUUGUUUCCGAUCUAAAUUAAUUAUUUUCCGCAACGUUGUUCGUGGACGGUGGCCUUGGAUAGGAAAAUCCGACUCGAGCGGACCAGUGUACUUAAUUAAUAAAUCAAUCGAUUCAUUUUAAAAAGAGACACACUCGGACGUUGACCGACGCCUUGAUGGAGCCAAUAACGACGUGGUGCGACUCGGUUACGGGGCUACUCUAAUAUUCUAUAAUCGCUCACGCGUGUUAUGCACUCGUCAAAUUCCAUUGCCAUCCCGGUUUUGAUAACUGUAACCUUGGAUAUAUUCACUAUUGCGGGACUACGUCAAAGGUGACAACGGGCCAAGAGUAUUCGGUUUUAUUUGACUUGUAGCAAACUGCGCAAGGGGGGCGCGAGGUGUCAGUGACAAGGAGUAGCUAACCUUAAAAUGCGAGUAUCCGUGAUUACUGAUGCGACUGUAUUGUUCGGGCUGCACUUCUUGUAUUGGUGUUGCAACACGGUAAAUGCCAGUGGUGGGGCCCUUGACUCGAACCUGAACUUUCAGUCUGGCUCAUCUGGAAGCUCACAUUCCAAAGUUACAGGAUUCUCUGCCACACUCACAGAUGGACUGGCACAGGCUGUGGCCCAUGAAACUGGUUCCGAUACUUGUAAUGAUGACCUAGCUUGUCUUACACUGGCUUCUCAUGAUCGACUAGGUUUAGAAGCAAUCAAAUUACUCCACAGUCAACUAGAUGAUGAUGCCAAUGGAAAUGUGGACCUUUCAGAAUCAGAUGAUUUUUUAAGGGAAGAGUUACAAUAUGAAGCUGGAUAUGAAAGAAGGCAAAGGGCUUUCCAUCAUAAUGAUGAUAUGCACAUCAGUGUUAGAGAACUCUUGGAAGCCUGGUUGAGGUCAGAGGUUCAUAAUUGGACCAUAGAACAAACAUCUGAAUGGCUGUCUUCUAAUGUUGAGCUUCCUCAAUAUGUUCCUACUUUUAUACAACAUCGUGUAACUGGUGCUACACUUCCAAUAUUGGCUGUAAGCAACAUGCACUAUCUGAGUAAUGUGUUAGGGAUCAAGGAUCCCAUUCAUAAACAAAAAAUUGCCUUAAAAGCUAUGGAUGUAGUUCUUUUUGGACCACCAAAAGAUACUGGACAUAGCAUUAAAGAUUUAAUAUUAAUAACACUACUAUUUGGAGCGCUUAUCGGGUGUUGGUACGCGUAUCAACAAAAGAAAAAUUCACAAAAACAUCUUCACAGAAUGAUGAAGGACAUGGAGAGUUUACAUAAAGCGGAAUUAGCACUCGAAGAUUUACAAAAAGAAUUGGAAAGAGCACGAAUGGAACAAGAAAGCGUAACCACAGAGAAACAAAACUUAGAGAAACGUUUGCAAGACGAAAGUGUAGGAUUACACGCUUCAUACUCGGAUCUUGAAGUUUCUCAAUUAAAAGCGGAGAUUGAAAUGUUAAAAGUCGAGUUACAACGUGCAGAGGGUGAACUCGAAGACAGAUGUUGGUCCCCUCCUCCAGGUUUGCAACACUGGCUACAAUUGACUCAUGAAAUUGAAAAUAAGGGCUAUAUAAAAAAAAAAAUAUCUGCAGAGAAACAAUUACAACAAGCGCGAGAAGCAUGCGAAAAAUUACGAAAGAAACGAUCCAGCUUAGUGGGAGCAUUUGUUUCAACUCAUGGAAAAUCGAUUGACGAAGUCGACAAAAGCAUAGUUGAUGCAAGGACCUCGUUGAACGAAGUUACCGCAGAGUUACAAGAGAGAGUACAUCGUUGGAAACAGAUUGAACUCUUAUGUGGUUUCAAUAUAGUCAACAACAAUGGUCUAAGCUAUUUAGAAACUGUUCUCUAUCGGGGGACACCUAACGGACGAGGUCUUGGACUCAGAGGUCGACUCAGUAGCCAAGAUGACUUAGACGACGAAGCAAGCUCAAUGUACUCGCCUUCAUCGUGUGGUGCCGCAGGUACCCUGGACAGCCUAACAUGGAAGGAGUCAUCAUUGCCUCCAGAUUCAUCCAGCAGUGAGACAGGCAAGGAAACACCUCCUGAGAGUAAUGUAGUGCACUUCACCGUUGGUGAUGGGCCAGAAGAGCCUGUUAGGGCGUCCAGCAAAGAGAAGACCAACAUUGUACGCUCCUACAGUCAGGAUACAAACAUGCUCCUGGCUGUGGAGGAUAAGUCUACCUCAUCAUUCCUGUCGAAGACGUCUUAUUCAGAGAACUCGUUGGACUCGUCGACCCAGGAUCGAUCAGGACAACAGAAGGUUGGUUCAGUGUCAGCAAUAACCACCAGUACCAGUAGCACAAGUUCUACGACGACAAGCACGUCGAGCAGUCACAGGAAGGGGACGAGGGACGCUCAACCAUCAACGAUGGACGAUGAGACGUUGUCGACGGACUCAAACUCCACCGCAGACAACGAUGAGAUAAAAAAACGUCGCCGGAAGAUUCUGUUCCCUGCUUUUAGGAAGAACAAGGCCAAAGUCACGUGAUGAAGCCCGCUAGUCAACGAUUAUAGCAUUACAGUACAUCUGUGUUGUAAUUUCUUACUUAACGCUAACUCUCUUGUCGAUCGAUUAGUUGGUUAUGAACCGCGACGUGCACUUAAAAAAAAAA